AUGCCAUUGGACAGUGAAUCUGCAUCUACUUCAAAACUUGAAGCUAGUAAAGUGAGUGUUAAGAUACCGCCAUUUUGGGUAGAGAAACCUGAAAUGUGGUUUUUCACCAUAGAGGCACAGUUUAAAAUCAGUGGAAUUACUUCCGAAGACACAAGAUUUAAUUACCUGGUUGCACAACUUGAACCCAAAUUUAUAGAAAACAUUUGGGACAUUAUUCGAGACGACACGCCAAACAAAUAUUCAGCCGCUAAAGAAAGACUUCUGAGCACUUUUAAAGAAAGUGAAAACAAACGCAUCAAGCGAUUGCUAACUGGACUAGAAUUGGGAGACCAACUACUCCGAAAAAUGCGUGCCUUGGAGAUGCUGAUGAUGUGUCUGAAAAAAUUCUGA